AUGGAAAACUGGAUUCCCAAACUCACCUCAGAACUCCAGGGCGGCAUCUGCGGCUUCACCAUCGUCACCGGCGGCGCUGCUCGCCUCGUCCUUGGAUAUGACAGCUACGGCAACACCUGCGGUCGACGCAACGAACAGAUCGAAGGCGUCAGGCUGAGUGGCCUCGACCACACCGACAGGAAGUUUGUCUUCUUCCUGGAUCCCUGUAACAUCGACAUCGUUCAGAGGAAAAUCAAGUCCAUGGCUCUGUGUGUCUCUCUCUGUCCCACAGAGGAGCUGAAGACCUACCAGGACCUGAAGAGGUUCGCCAUGCUCAAUGGCUCUGAGCUUUGUUCCUACGAGUUAGCGGGUCAUAAAUAUCCCGGUCUACCUGAGAGGUUCUCUAAGUGUCCCAAACUUCCUGUUCCACCCAGUAAGCCGUUACCGGUGUUUAACCGCUGCACUCCAGUGGAUAUUUCCUGUUAUGCGAAGUUUGCGGAGGCCGUGGUGACGUUUGUGGGCGAUAACAGCGUUCUGCACCGACUGAUCGCCGGCGUCGCUGCCAGUAAAGAGAUCAUCGUUGGACUGUGUGUGCUCGCUCUGGUCCUCUCGAUGAUCCUCAUGGUGAUCAUUCGGUACAUCUCCGCCGUCCUUGUCUGGAUCCUCACCUCGCUGGUCGUCCUCGGAUCCCUCGCGGGGACCAGCGUCCUCUGGUGGCUCUAUAUCGACCACCGGCUGUACGGAAACGACACCUCCUCUAAAGUGGUGAAGGAGGAGGUGGAGAUCAGCAGAGACAAUGGACAGGCGCUGCUUGUCUACGCUGUCGCCGCCACCGUCUUCACCAUCAUCCUGCUGCUGCUGAUGCUGUUCAUGAGGAAACGAGUGGCUCUGACCAUCGCUCUGUUCCAUGUGGCGGGAAAAGUCUUCAUCCACCUCCCCCUCCUCACCCUGCAGCCCUUCGUCACCUUCCUCGCUCUCCUGCUCUUCUGGAUCUACUGGAUACUGGUCCUGCUCUUCCUGGGAACCACUGGAAACCCAGUCCAGAAUGAGGAGACGGGGCUGACAGAGUUCAGACUCACGGGUCCUCUUCAGUACCUGACCUGGUACCACGCUGUGGGUCUGGUCUGGAUCAGUGAGUUCAUCCUGGCCUGUCAGCAGAUGACUGUGGCUGGAGCUGUGGUCACAUACUACUUCACCAGGGACAAGAACCGACUCCCGGUGACCCCGAUCUUGUCUUCAGUCCUGAGGCUGGUCCGGUAUCAUCUGGGCACCGUCGCUAAAGGAUCCUUCAUCAUCACACUGGUCAAGAUCCCCCGACUCAUCCUCAUGUACAUCCACAACCAGCUCAAAGGAAAGGAGAACGUGUGCGCUCGAUGUCUGCUGAAAACUUGUAUCUGCUGUCUGUGGUGUUUGGAGAAGUGCCUCAACUAUCUCAAUCAGAAUGCAUAUGCAGCCACAGCCAUCAACAGCACCAGUUUCUGCACGUCUGCACGCGACGCCUUUGUGAUCCUGGUGGAAAAUGCUCUGCGCGUCGCCACAAUCAAUGCUAUCGGAGACUUUGUGCUCUUCCUGGGGAAGAUCCUGAUCGUGACGUCGACGGCGUUCGCUGGCGUCCUCCUCCUGAACUACCAGCGAGAUUAUGCCGAGUGGCUGCUGCCCCUCAUCAUCGUGUGUCUCUUCUCCUUCCUGGUGGCUCACUGCUUCCUGUCCAUCUUUGAGAUCGUGGUGGACGUCCUCUUCCUCUGCUUUGCAAUCGACACCAAGUACAACGAUGGCACUCCGGGGAAGGAGUUCUUCAUGGACAAAGCUCUGAUGGAGUUCGUGGAGAGCAGCCGGCGUUUGGAGCGGGCAGUGGAGCGUGGGCGUAGCCGGGUGAAGGAGGCGGUGUCUGAGGGGGCGGAGAUGAAGCCCAUGGUGAGUGACAGCGGAGGUGGAGGGGGCGUGGCCAGGCAGAAGAGCUCAUCAGAGGAGGUUGGGGCAGGGACGGAAGAGGCUGGAGGGGAGUGGGAGGAGCUUCAGGAGUUCCAGGUGUACUACCUGCUGGUGGGGGUGCUGGUGGACUGGGUGCUGAUGGAGCAGAGCGGCUUCGUCCUCUGUCUCAGCGAGGACGUCGUCCUCUUCCUCUGCAUCUACCUGCCCACCUCCACCCUCUUCCUGUUCGUCAGCCUGAUGCACACGCCAAACCCUGCCCCCUCCGCCAACACUGCCAAAUCAGCCGCCGUGUCCACCGCGUGCUAACAGACGUCUACUAACGAGCACAUGCUAACUGUUGCAUGCUAACAAACACACACAGUCCUGAGCAUGCUGAUUGGUUGAACACUGAUGCAUGCUAACCCAUCAUCAUCAUCAUCAUCAUCAUCAUCAUCAUCAUCACUUACUCCUGACCACCUGGGACCAAACUCUUCGUUGACUUUCUGUUUGUAAUUUAUUUUUUACUUUUGUAUCUUUCUACGUUUUCGGUGUGUUUUUACUCUGCCGCUGUGUUUGUUUUUUUGUUUGGCCUUAUUUUCUCACUGUGGUGCUUUAUGGAAAAGAAGGACCCGGCACAUAAAAAAGUCAAGGUCAGGUUUCGGAUCCAGAUUCUGGUCUAAACAUAAACAGCAGAUGACCGAGUUCAGCUCCUGUCGCUUCUUAUUUAAAAUUCAAACUUGGGUCGGAGCAGUAAUUGUCUGGUUUUGAAUUUAACAUGUACCAUCUACAGUCUCUACAGUUGAUGUAGUUCACCUGGCGGUCCAGCAGAGGGCGCUCUGUUUGCUGACCUGUUGCUGCCCUAUCGAUCUACCAGCAGACUAAGCUGAUCGGUAGAAAUGCAGGACAGUAUUGAUCAUGCGAUCCGGACUCUGAAGCCUCUGAGAUGCAGUGUUGACUAUUUCGGGUUCUUCCCUUCAUGAGGUAAAACAAGGCUGUUUGUGAGUCUGCCUCGCUGUGGUCUUCGCGCUGGUUUCCAUGGCGUUACCAACAGACCCACCUCCUGACGAUCUCCUCCUCUGUGAGUCAUCAGAAGCAAAUUCAAAAUGCUCCUGAAGUCAAAGUUAUUUAUCUUGUGCUGACAAGAUGGGGGGAAAAAAUCAUCUUUGGGGAGGUUGUGUAAAAAUGACUUUGAUUAAAGUGUCUGCUGGGUCCUAGCUUCUCCAGAUGACGUUUUCAAUCAUUUCCAGACCUGAGGUCAUGUCCUGGAGAGUUAACAAUCUGAAAUUAAAAUAUACUGGUUUUGGAUAAUUCCAGUAUUCCAGUAUAUUUACACGGACUCUGUUUUAAAUUUGGCCCCUUUUCAGCCAAAAUAACAAAAAUAAGUAAAUAAAGGAUUUAUUAUUACCCCACCUUUGAUUCCUGGUAGUGUGGAGAAAGUGUAGAAACAGCCUUUAGACCUCCAUGUUGCCCAGUGGUUCCUGACCUGCGUUUGGAUCUACUGAUGUAGGGAAAUGAAAUUUAGUUCAAGUUAACUGAAGAAUAAAUGUGAAAAAUACAAAAAGAAAACUGCUGAGACUUGAUUUUUGGUGUCUGGUCUAAAUUUUCUGAGAAGGGAUAAAGGGGGAUGAGGAGAGAAUCAGGCUCGACUUCAGCUUCGUGGUUUCACAACAACAGAGAGACUCAAGUCUACAUCAAAGUUGUUUUUUGUGUCUCUUUCAGUCAGGCGGUCUUGCUCCUAUGUAUUAUGGGUCGGGGGCCUUUUACGUGUCUGAUUUCAGGGGCCCGUCGUCUCAUCAUCUGUCCAUGGUGACGGGAAGUGAGACCAUAAAGUACACGUAACAGCUCCGGGGACGAGUUCAGCUUGACCAAAAUCAGCCAAUGGGACUUCUUGAAAAAAAGAGAGACAUUCCAAAAGUUUAUUUUUACCAACGUGUAACAUGUUUACUAUGGUUUCACUCCAGGGAAAACGAUAUUUUAAUAAGAAACUGUAAAAACGUAACAAUGUAAUGAAGCACUUUAUAUUGAAGCGCUGCAGAUUUUAAACCGGCUGAUGCAUUUUUUCGUAGUGAUGUCGUUUUUAUAAAACCGAAGCAUCUGGUCUCACUCUGAACUCAUUGCUCACACUUCAGUUCCUAACAGUUUUUCAGUGAAGCCACGUUUUGUUUUUCUGAAUGUUUUUUGUUGUGGAGACGACCUGGGUCACUGACACACGCUCCACCUGGACUCCAUGUUGGAUCGGGAGCACUUCGAAGCCAUCGGAGGGGCAGAGUCUGUGCACAGGUGGAACAGGAGCCAUGAAGCCGAUUGUUGGAUGAGAUCAGAGGACAGAGGUCUAAGGUCAGGAAGAUUCUGCUGCAGCCGAUCUGGUUUUAUCUGUAUGUGAGAGACUGACGGGACACGCUGCGAGCACUUUGAUCAAUACACCUGACGGAUUAGCGAUUUACGAGUAAACAUCCACUAGAUGUGACUCCAGCAAAACAAAUAGUAAAAUAAAAAUAUAAAAUAAAGAAAUCAUUCCAUUUAAAGUCAGGAUCUCCAGCGUUGAGAUAAGGAGGAGGAGUCAGUGGUAGAAGAAGUACUCCACGCCUUCACUGAAGUAAACGUAGUAAUGCCGC